AGAGAGAAAGAGGCCGCUGAGGGGACUGCCUAGCUGCGGCCAGUGAGCAUUUUGAUCCAGUGCGGCGAGUUCACUUGGUACAUACUGGUGAAUUUUAGUUGUGUUUUUGUUGACGUUACGUGCAGGACGUCUGUUAACUUGGCUCUAGCUUGAGGAAGAAGAAAUGUAGGACUAUUUGUCAUAUCGCUGCUACGUACGUGCUUCAAGGAUUGAUACAGUUUCUUUGGAGGUUCGGGGUCAGGGAUAGGAAUCUGAUUUUAUUUCCUGGAGACAUUAUUGCAGUCACCCAUCGGUGUGUUUCUCUCGUGUGAUUAUAUUUGUGAAUUUUGAUGAUAAUAGGAGUUGAACCUCUCGGGUAGCCGGAACUCGUUACAAGGAUCAGAUUUAGGUUCUCCCGGUUACCAUCUUGGACCGCAGUUAUCCCCAAGAGGUUACGUAGACUCUGACCUGACUCUCCGGCCACGGAGUAUGAAAACAAAGCGUGGAGGGAGCCUAGGUGAACCUUCUCUCAGACCUGCUAGCGUGGCUGUUAUGUCCAGCGGUGGACCGUUGUCCGCCGGGCAUCGUCUAUCUAAGAGCAACUCAUCGACCAGUCUGAACUCUGUGUCUGAUUGUAUGGAGACACAGAUCGUGAACCAGGAGGAGAUCCUCCAGCUCACGCGGGAUGUCCGUAACUUCUCGGAGGCACUCAACCAACUCAAGAGUGUCUUCAACCAAGAUGGGGGAGGAGAACGCACAGAGACCAUACGUGUGUCUGCCCACGAGAGACUACGAGACCUUCUCAACAUCCUACGUGGAAUCCUAGACAAGUAUACAGCUCUCAAAUCAACGGAUGUGCAUACAGCAGCCGUGGUACUCAUAGCUCAAAUUAAAGGUCUUACUAGCAACAAUGAGGAGAAAGACAAGGGCCAUUUGUUUGAAGCCAUUGAUGCUCUGGCUCUUGCUUUCAGUAACAGCGUUACAGAGUAUCUCAUGGGUGAUGUAGAACAGACCUCAAUGCACCUAGGCUUCGCAUCAAAGUCUUGUGACAGCCUGGUAUCCUUGAGUAGUAAUCCAGACUACAUAGGAGGACACGGCUAUAUCAAAUCAGAGACUUCGAGCGAUGUCAGAGAAGGAAGUCAGUUGAACUCAGAGGAGAUAGACGCUUGGUUAAUGAACCUAGAGGCCGGAGUAGACCUGGCGCUGGAACGAGCCAAGGCCUGGUCUAAAUAUGCCAAAGAUGUCAUCCUGUAUGUGGAGAAGAGGGUCCAUCUAGAGAUGGAGUUUGCAAGAAGUAUGUCUAAACUCGCUGCUACAACUCGUCCUGUUCUCAGAGAAGAGACAUAUCUUCCCUUCCAGUCAACCUACUUGAUGUCAUUAGAACAUGACAUUGAAUACGCCACAAACUGUGAGGCUACCUAUUCACAAAUCCAAGGACAUAAGUUUGUUGAGCAAUUAGAUGCGCGGAGGGCAGAACAUGACAAGAAAAGAAAAUCAAUACGGCUGCAAUGGAACACAAUCAAGAAAGAAAUGAAUGAAUGUCGUAUGAACCUUGAGAAGUCCCGUCAGCUCUACUACUCCCGGUAUCAUGAGUACGAGAGAGCUAAGGAAGCCACUGCUAAGAUAGAGAACGAGAUGAUGAACUCCAGCGGAGGAGCUCACCAUGCUAAGCUAGAGAAGAGAAAGAAGGCUGAGGAUGAUGCCUUGGGAAAGGCCCAAGAAGCAGAGACAACAUACAAAGCCUGCGUAGCAGAGACUAACAACAAACAACAGGAUAUGCUUCGAGUCAAGCAAAAAUUGUUGAUACAACUCAGAGAACUCAUCUUCAUGUGUGACCAGACAAUGAAAGCAGUGACACACAGCUACUUCAGUAUGCAACAUACCCUGUCAGCACCAGCUCCAAUACAGUUUCAAACUCUGUGCGAGCAGAUUCGGGCGUAUGAGCCUGGUCUUCAGUUCAGUCAUUAUGUGAAACAUCACAAGAGGUUUAUGUCAGGGCAUGCACUACAGGACACAGAACCACUGAUCUUUGAACCGUACAACAACGCAAGCUCAUUACAGCGCGAGAGAAAGACCAGCUCUCAGUCAUACGACAGCUUUGAAGAUGACAAGACAUUCCUACGCAACAGGUCCGACUCUGGCUCAAGAAGAUCUGAUAAAUCUCAGAGAUUGCUUGCAUGGCAGGCCCAUCCCGUGAGUGAUUCUGAGAGCAUCAGCGGCAGCUCUACCAAGUCAGGUUCCCCAUCAGCUAGUCCAAGGAACGGACCAAGGGUCAUCGCCAGGGAUACGGGAGGAGGAGGAGGACUAUCAUCCGGUGAUGAGCUAGGAGAAGAUACGCCGGCUGUGGUUGUCAACAGUGGACCUAACAGAUUGAUCGAGCCCAUUCCAAAUGCAUUCAAGAACCUGACGCUCUCCAAGGCAGCCAUGACGCACAUGAUCAGAAAGCUACGUACACCAUCAAAGUGUCGGGAGUGCGAGAGCUACGUCUACUUCAACGGCGCGGAGUGUGAACGGUGCGGGCUGGCUUGCCAUAAGAAGUGUCUGGAGUCCCUGGCUAUCAACUGCGGUGGCAAGCGGCUCAUGGGCAAGAUGAACGUAUUCGGGGUGAAUCUGUCGGAACACUUGAGGGUGACGGGCAGGGAGGUACCCUUCAUCGUCACCAAGUGCAUCUCAGAGAUUGAAAAGAAGGCGUUGCAAAUCAAGGGUAUCUACAGGGUUGCAGGGUUAAAGGUCAAAGUUGAGAAGCUUUGUCAAACCUUUGAGAAUGGUGCUGACCUUGUCGACCUCUCAGAGAGUCCCCCACAUCUCAUUACCAGUACACUCAAGCUCUACCUGAGACAGCUCCCAGAACCACUGCUGACCUUCAACCUCUACCCAGACUUCAUAGCAGCUGCCAAAGAGUUCCCUCAGAAGGAGGGCGUGGUCUACGACGAUGCGGCCAUCAUUACGAGGUUCAAACAGGUCAUCGCCAAACUACCGCAACUCCAUCAUCACACAGCCAAAGUUCUCAUGUAUCACUUAAAAAGAGUAUCAGAGGAACCUCUCAACCACAUGUCAGGUAGCAACCUGGGUAUCGUCUUUGGACCAACUCUCCUCAAACUAAGAGAUGCUAACACAUCGUCGCUAGAUGCUCUCAUUGAUAUGAACCACCACACGAGGGCGAUAGAGCUCAUGGCAAUAUAUCCAGAGAUCUUUGGAGCUAAUGAGACUCCAGUAGAAGACUUCCAGAGGGAUGAAGCUCACUCUCCUAACGAUGUUCACAGAGGUCAGGCUCUGAACAAAAGUUCAAACAACUCAACCCAUCUGACUAGCUCCACCACCACCACCGCCACCGCGUCAUCAUCAUCACAUUCCUUGGGUUUCACCUUACCUGGUAGCAGUGAGGACCAUGGUGAUCAUCAUGAUAGGAGGAGACGUUCUAGACACUCGCAACCCCUGAAGAAUGGGCAUAGCAGUGAUGAGGAUGGAUCGGGCAGUGAUGGUGAAGGUAUGGGCCAUCACAUCAAGACGCCUCACUCACCAAACAAACAAACACUCCUACAGAUAUCAGCUGGGUCAUCAUCCCAGGAGAAGUCUGGUGGGGAACCCGCAGGGGGGUACGUCCCCAGCGCUUACACCAGCCCUCAGCCGCAGAGGAUGGGUGCAGGGGUGACCACACCCUCCUCCCCAGGGGGCGAUGCUACCGGUCAGAAGCUAACCAGGGGCGGGCAGAAACUAGACCCUGGGGGUAGCGGCGGUCAGAGCCAGACAUCGACACAGAGGCGGAGAAGCAGGGAACCUCGCUUUGUGUGACAUAUGGACGAGUCUAGCCUCUCCAUGUGAUCAAUGUGAUAGAAGGCUGCUUUGAACAUUAUACAGUCUACAGUCUGGACUUUACCAUGCUUCCUUGUACACAUGUACAAAUCUCCAUCUCCUAUGACAUUUGAACUUUGCUAGAAGGCAGCGUGGUUGUCGCCCAUGCAUGAAUAAUAGAUUGAAGGCUGGACCUUUUCUCAUUGGGGAAGAUUCAUGAAUUAUCAUCAUUUCUUUUAGAAAUCAUAUUUUCAUGUCUUAGACAUCUCAAACUUUAUGUGAGUUAGAUAACUUUUUGUUUAUAUAUACAAUGAGAUUCUUCUUCCUGUUGUGAUAUGGGAAAAGAAUUGUCGUAUGAAACAACAAAGAUGGCUUUGUUGGUGAUAAGAUAGUUGCCAUUAUAUGUUCUUCUACUUUCUCAAUCUGUUAUACUCUGUUAGAAUGUGUUUAGGGGUUGAUUGGGAAAGAGAGAGAAAGAGAGAGAAAGAGAGAGAGAGAGAGAGAGAGAGAGAGAGAGAGAGAGAGAGACCAAGAAUAAAGUACAGAAGAGAGUGGAAGAAA